AUGUUAUAAAGAAAAUUAGCAUUACUUUAUGAAUUCUGUUAAUAAUCUGCAAGACAGUGCUUUUAAUUUUUACAACAAGAUCCUAUUGAACAAUCAGGAUAGAUUUCUACUUAAUAUCAACAAGCAAAUAAGGAUGAAUAGCAAAUGAAAAAAUAAUCAUUAUAAUAAGAUUAUGGGGAUUUGGAAGAUUAAGAUUCUGAUCAUGUAUAAAUGCAAAUUAUUUAAGCAUUUAAUAGAGCAGGAGAAUCCAUUUGAAAAAUUGAAACCUACUUUAAAUUUCCAAAACACGAUUCCACAAUAAAAUAAUAAUAAUUCGAAGGUAGAGAAGGAGCAUAUAAAAUAUGAUGAAGAGAUGGUUGAUAUGCAUCAAAAUAGCAAUUGGAAUAAUCAUGAACUUGAUUAAGAGAAUGAACAUAUUGAAUUAUGA